CCGUCAGUUGAAAAGCUUCAUUCAACGAAUUCGGUUGGGUUUUUAGUGUGCGAAAGUUGGCACGUGAGUUUAAAAAAAUAAUUUGCAAACAUAAAAAAUUACAAAAAACCGCAACAGUUUUAAAAAUAGUUUAAAUAUUUUAUAUAAUGUUUAAUAAAUAAAUCUCGUACAUAAUAAUUAAUACAUUAAAGAACGCACAGAAAAAGAUUUUUAUUUUCAAAAUUUAAUAGUCGGUAUUUGGAGCUUUCGUCUUAGCCAGAAAAAAAGGAAACAUCAAUCAUGUUCUCACGUCCCAAUUUGUACGGAAAUCUAACCAAAAUAUGUGCAACAGCACGUUCAUCAAACAACCCAACAACAACAGCAGCUGCGGCCGCUGUUGCCAACAACACACAAGUCCGUGAAUAUCAUGAAGUGGUUGGUGACAUAUUGUGCCCCUCACAAGUAAUGGGCAUCGAUCACAUUCGGGAUCCACGUUUAAACAAAGGUCUAGCAUUUACCCUCGAAGAACGCCAAGUAUUGGGUAUACAUGGUUUACAACCUGCACGCUUUAAAACUCAGGAAGAACAAUUGCAAUUGUGCAAAAUUGCAGUCAAUCGUUAUAGUGAAUCGUUGAAUAAAUAUUUAUAUUUGAGUGAUUUGCAAGAUCGUAAUGAACGUCUCUUUUUCCGUUUUCUCUCGGAGAAUAUUGAGGAAUUGAUGCCAAUUGUGUAUACACCCACUGUGGGUUUGGCAUGCCAAAGAUUUGGUCUAAUUUACCGUAGACCUCGUGGUCUCUUUGUGACCAUCAAUGACCGUGGUCAUGUGUUUGAUGUUAUUAAAAAUUGGCCCGAACCAGAUGUCCGUGCUAUUUGUGUCACAGAUGGUGAACGUAUUUUAGGUUUGGGUGAUUUAGGUGCUUCCGGCAUGGGUAUUCCUGUUGGUAAAUUAGCUUUAUACACCGCCUUGGCUGGUAUUAAGCCUCAUCAAUGUUUGCCCAUUGUUAUUGAUGUUGGCACCAACAACAUUGAUCUUUUGGAAGAUCCCCUUUAUGUUGGUCUACGUCAAAAGCGUGUUGUCGGCCGGGAAUAUGAUGAUUUUAUUGAUGAAUUCAUGGAGGCUGUAGUGAGACGUUAUGGUCAAAAUGCAUUGAUACAAUUUGAAGAUUUUGGCAAUCACAAUGCAUUUAGGUUCCUCGAUAAAUAUCGUAAUACAUAUUGUACCUUCAAUGAUGACAUUCAGGGUACAGCUUCAGUAGCGGUAGCUGGUUUAUACGCUUCGAAGCGUAUUACAGGCAAAAGUUUUGCUGACUACACCUUCCUGUUUGCUGGUGCUGGCGAGGCAGCUAUUGGUAUUGCUGAUUUAACAGUUAAAGCCAUGGUAGCUGAGGGUGUACCAAUAGAUGUGGCCCGCAGCAAAAUCUGGAUGGUUGAUGUUAAUGGCUUAUUGACCACCACUCGCGAAGAAGGCAGUCUGGAGGGUCACAAACUUAAUUACGCCAAGGAUGUUGAACCUAUGAAAAAUUUGGAAGAAAUUGUUGAAAAAAUUAAACCUAAUGUAUUAAUUGGCGCCUCUGCUGCUGCCGGUAUUUUCACACCUAAAGUUUUACAAACUAUGGCUGCUAAUAAUGAUCGCCCUGUUGUGUUUGCUUUAUCUAAUCCUACCAGUAAGGCAGAAUGUACAGCCGAACAGGCCUAUCAAAACACAGAUGGCCGUGUAAUUUUCUCUUCGGGUUCACCCUUCCCACCUGUGACUAUUAAUGGUAAGACUUACUCGCCUGGCCAAGGCAAUAAUGCAUACAUCUUCCCUGGUGUAGCAUUGGGCGUUAUUGCUACAGGUACCCAUCACAUACCUGAUGAUAUGUUCCUAAUUGCUGCUCAAGAACUUGCCAACUUUGUGGAUCAGGCUGAUUUAGAUCGUGGUUCUCUGUAUCCACCAUUGAAUACCAUUCAAGAGAUCUCUAUGCGUAUUGCUAUUGGUGUAACAAAAUGUGCUUAUGACAAUGGACUUGCCUCAACUUAUCCCGAACCUCAAGAUAAACGCAAAUGGUUAUCAGAUCAAUUGUACAACUUCAACUAUGAAAGUUCAUUGCCCGUGACUUGGGCGUGGCCUAGAAUGCCCUACAUUAAGACUCGCGAAGAGAGUCCUCUUUUAGCUGCAAUUAAAUAAGCAAUUUUGGCUAACAUCUGCAUAGUUUUGAAUUCUCUAAUACACUUUAAAUGUCACAUCACGUGUUCUGUUGAUAUGUUGCGUUCGUUGCUUUACUUUAUAAUAUGUAUUACUAUUACUACUACUACCGAUUUAAUGACACCUUUUUUUCUUGCCACAAACUACUACCACAAACAACUACAUACACUCUAUUUUUCUCUAUUAAUUAUGUACUUCUAAAAAUUGGAUGCGGGUCUUUCACAUUUUUCAUUAAUAUAAUUUUAAUUGUUAUUAACUUUAUUGAUUAUUUAGAGUAGAUAUUCAGUUGAAAAGUGUUAAUGAAAAUAGCCAAAGAAAAUUUAACCAAUAGAUAUUCAAAAUAACACUGAAUAUGUAUUAUCAAUUUACAUAUAUAAUAUUUGUAUAUCAAUAAUUUAUUAACUAUCAUUAUUUGUUUUAUGUGCUUAUUUAUUUUUAAGAUCAUUUUCUAAGUAUGUAUGUAUUUAGUACAUAUUAUUUAACAACUUUCUUCUUGCUUUUAUC